AGAUGCAGACCUUUCUGAAAGGGAAGCGAGUUGGCUACUGGCUAAGCGAGAAGAAAAUCAAGAAGCUGAAUUUCCAGGCCUUCGCCGAGCUGUGCAGGUAAAUCCAAGUACUCGUUCACAGAUUGAAAGUCUUGGCCAAAUGAUUUGCUGUUGGCUACUAACCAAAAGGUUGACAAUUUGAAUCCACCAAGAGGUACCAGAAGAAAGGCCUGGCAAUCUGCUUCUGUAAAGCAGGCAGCAAGCCACCUCCCUGCAGAGGGACCACCAGCCCCCGGCUGCCUGGAGACCCAGGCGAAAGCUUUCUGUGGUGACUGAAUGUCAGGGCUGGUGACAAGGGAGAGGAGAAGUCGAGGACAAUGGAAGCGAGGGAUAGAAGUCGUGCAGCUGAACCUCAACCGGCCAAUCGAGGAGCAGGGCCCCCUGGACGUCAUCAUUCACAAGCUGACCGAUGUCAUCCUCGAAGCCGACCAGAAUGACAGCCAGUCCCUGGAGCUGGUGCAUCGGUUCCAGGAAUACAUUGACGCCCACCCAGAAACGAUCAUCCUGGACCCCCUUCCUGCCAUCAGGACCCUGCUCGACCGGUCCAAGUCAUACGAGCUCAUCCGGAAGAUUGAGGCCUACAUGAAAGAUGACCGCAUCUGCUCUCCACCCUUCAUGGAGCUCACAAGCCUGUGCGGGGAUGACACCAUGCGGCUCCUGGAGAAGAAUGGUCUGGCUUUCCCAUUCAUCUGCAAAACCAGAGUGGCUCAUGGCACCAACUCUCACGAGAUGGCCAUUGUGUUCAACCAGGAGGGCCUGAAUGCCAUCCAGCCGCCCUGUGUGGUCCAGAAUUUCAUCAGCCACAAUGCCGUCCUGUACAAGGUGUUUGUGGUGGGCGAGUCCUACACUGUGGUGCAAAGACCCUCGCUCAAGAACUUCUCUGCUGGCACAUCAGACCGCGAGUCCAUCUUCUUCAACAGCCACAACGUGUCGAAGCCAGAGUCCUCGUCAGUCCUGACUGCGCUGGACAAGAUCGAGGGCGUGUUCGAGCGACCGAGUGACGAGGUCAUCCGGGAGCUGUCCCGGGCCCUGCGGCAGGCGCUGGGCGUGUCACUCUUUGGGAUCGACAUCAUCAUCAACAACCAGACGGGGCAGCAUGCUGUCAUCGACAUCAACGCCUUCCCAGGCUAUGAGGGCGUGAGCGAGUUCUUCACAGACCUCCUGAACCACAUCACCACUGUCCUGCAGGCCCAGAGCGCGGCCACAGGGGACGCAGGGGACACGUCCCCGCUGAGGCACAGCAGGCUCCUGGCGGAGCAGGUGGGCAGCCACGCGGGUGAGCGGACGUGCAGCGCCAGCCCCGGCUGCUGCAGCAGCAUGAUGGGACAGGACCCCCCCUGGAAGGCGGAGGCCGAUGGUGGCAGCACGGCCAAGCUGCAGCACCAGAGACUUGGCUGCACCGCCGCCGUGUCGCCCAGCUUCCAGCAGCACUGUGUGGCCUCCCUGGCCACCAAAGCCUCCUCCCAGUAGCCGUGGAGCCCAGGACCACAGGCGGCAUGGGGAGCGGAGAACUGGCGGGCAUGCGGCUCCAACAGUGACGCUACUACUAAGAAUUCCCCGGGAUCUGAUUCUUCUUCUCAAUUUUUAACCUGAUUUCCUGAUGUCAUGAUCUAAAUGAGGGGCGGGGCAAGGUGGAAGAUAGUGCCACGUGGCCCAGCCUCGCAGAACAGGGCCACCCCCCAGUCCUGCCGUGCACAUAUCUCUACUGAGUUUACACAUGCUGUGUUUUCAACACUAGGCCUGAAUGUGAGCUGAGAGGUGUGUGUGUGUAUGUGUGUGCACGCGUGCGUGCACGUGUGAGUACACGUGUGUGCUGGUGAGUGCACGUCUGUGCACGAGUGUGUGUGCAAGUGUGCACACUCAUGUCUGUACGUCUUGGUGGCUGCUGUGUACCAGGCCUCAAGAUCCUUGAGGGAGGUCUCCUGGUCAGGCUGCCAAUGGCAGCACAGAAGGAGUGAACGGUUUCCCCUUCUUUCUCUUCUCUCCAAGCCUCCUCAUCCCAGACCUGAUACCCUUCUCUGCAGCUUUGUCAGGAGUGUGGCCCCCAGUCCCUCCACUGGGGUGACGCUGAUCCCUUCCAAGGAGCAUGACCCACAGG